AAUCAGUGUGGGUGAACGUCACACAGUGGGCGAGUCUCUCUUCCACAGGGAACGGUCCACCGAAUUCAAACAGCCACAAGAAACAAAGCACAGGAUACUACGAUUUCAUCAGACUCUGCAGUGUGGAAAAACAACGGCAAUUAUCAUCUCUUUGAGAUCUCAUUAUGACGUCCACGAUUGUUGACGGGGUCUGGAGGUCGCAUGCAGUCCUUGAUGAAUCAGAACCGGACAGUUCGCCGGAAGCGCCACAGAAGUUUAAGAAGAUGCGCUCCUCCAGUUCGCUGAACUCAUUGAGAAUGUCUCUGCGCAAGCGACUGCCAUUGAAACCAGUGCAAUCCAACGCGAACAUCUCUGAGACCCCCACAUGGGAGUCGCUACAGAUGAACCAAAAGACUAGUGCUGUCCACAAAAUGACCCGCAGUGCCAAAAACUCCAUUGGAAGUGUCUAUCAGAGGUUUCAAAGGAGCAGACAGUCACGGCAGGAGUGUCUGGUCAUGACUCCUGGUGGAACGUCAGAUGGUGAGGAACGUGAUUGCUUAGGGACAUCAAAAACCCCAAAACGAUCUGCUGUUCGUACUACCGUCACCCCCAGGCGAACUCCAAGGUCAACCAGCAAGCGGACUCCUCGAAGGGCCUGUACCCCGGAAGCCAGUAACUCUACAGUUAGGACUGUGAAGACCAUGGGCACCAGGAGGCAGCUGGUGCGAAUGGCUGCACUCAGAAGCCCUUUUGCAUCACCCAACACAAUGAACAGAAGGAGGCAAUUUGAUAAGGAUCUGGAUUGUGUAUCCAAAGGCCUCCGGAGACUGAAGCGUCUCUCUCAAGCCUUUGAUGAUGCGUUUGGGAAAGAUCAUCGCAGAUUCAGGGAGUGUCUUAUGGAGUAAAGCUAAGGGUCCAGGCCUUGGAGCACUACAAAGCGGUCAUGAACAUGGGAUAUAGUUCAACCAAGAGCAACAUUUCCAGAGGACUGAACAGGACUUCCAUCCGAAAACGGACCUAGCACAUCCAGCAGACCGUCAGCAGCUGGACUGAUGUGGCCAUAUAAAACAUCCGCAAAACCUCUUAAAAAGAGGCACCUGUUUUCAUACUACUAAACAUGUAUGUCAUCUUGCUUUUCUCAGUAUAUGCCAGAAGAAGCCUUGUCUAGUAUUUUGAAUGGACUGUUUUCUUAUCUGUCUGUAUCUUUUAAGUGUUUAAAGUAAAGGGCAAUUGAAUAUACUGUAUCACUAUUUAGGAACAUUUUGCAUUUACAACUACUAAUUAUCAGAUGUAUGUGUAUGAUUUUAGUUAAUGACCAUUCAUGGCUCAGUAUGCUUGACGUAAUAAAGCAUUUAGCAACUCUGCUGUGAAAAAACA